AUGUUUUUCUUUCUUUUUUGUUUUUGUUUUUUCUUUCUUUCUUUUUUUCGUUCUUUUUCUCUUUUUCAUCUUUCUUUUUACUCUCGUUUCCUUUUCUUUCUUAAAUUCUUUCUAUUUUCUGUACUCUUCGUCAUUUUCAUCCUUGAUUUGGUUUCUUCUUCUUCUUUCUCCACUUCUUCUUCUUCUUCUUCUUCUUCUUCUUCUUCUUCUUCUUCUUCUUCUUCUUCAUCUCAGAAAAUUUCGUUUAUCUCUCCUAACCCCGUUCGGCCAACCACUUACAUAAGCUUCUUCUUCUUCUUUUCCUUUUUCUUCUUUUCUUCUUUUUCUUCUUCUUCUUUUUCUUUUUCUUCUUUUCUUCUUUUCUUCUUCUUCUUCUUCUUCUUUUCUUCUUUUCUUCUUCUUCUUUUUCUUCUUUUUUCUUCUUCUUUUCUUCUUCUUCUUCUUCUUCUUCUUCUUCUUCUUCUUCUUCACAAUUCUCGUUACCGCUUCCCUUUUCACUUUUCAGAAAUUCAUUCAUCUUUUCGUAUUCUUACGCGCCAUUUUCCAUCUUUCUUUCCUUCGAUCAUCCCACACUUAUUUUCCAACCGGUAUCAUCACACUGAAUUACACAAACACGCAUAA